UUUAUUUUUAUUUUUUUAUCUAAUAAAAGAAACCGCGUCAAAAUCGGACGUGGUGCCAUAUAAAGGGUUAAGAUUGGUCUCAAGAUUUAUUCAAUAGGACAAACGAGAGUGAAGGUAUUAUAAAGUCUCCUAGUGAAAUAGAGAAAGUAAGAUAAAACCUCGGCACUGUCCUCUACUUUUAUUCAACAGUAAAUAAGUUAACGAUGGAAUGUUCGGGACUUAUUCAAUGGCCAACCAAAACAUUUCUUAAACACUAGCUGCUGCUUGUGAUACGAUAUUUUCCAUUCAGAAUCAAAAAUUUGACUCCGUAACACAGGGAUAUUCGAAAAAUUCUGUAGCCCCACCUUAGGUUAUAAAAGUAUGAAUGUAGAUAGUCUUUAGGUAAGGUAGGUAUUAUGCUUGAACUAUCCAAAGGAAUGGGCGUUAAUUAAAUGCCUUCUGUUUAUAGUUUGUUAGGCAACAAGAAAGCUCUCAAUAACAGCUAUUACCACAAUAAUUAGCCAAAGAAGCGUGCCUUAAUGAGAAGGCGUGUAUGUAAAAAUAAGUGAAAACUUUUACCAAUGUCUUAUCGAAACUUGGUUGAACAAUUAAAUAUGAGCGUAUAAAAGGAGUCUAGCUGACAUUUGAGUCUCUGUCAUAGCUAGUUAUAUAGUGACAAUAAAUAUUUGAGAGAACAAUGCAUAACAGUCAUGAGUCAGCCAUUGGACAAAGCUUCUAUAAGAUACCACGUUUUUCUGGGCGAAUAGUGGGCAUCUGGCCAAUGUAUAAACGCAGCUGGGCUACGAAUCUGAUCUGCGCCUUUAGCUUUUUUGUCAUCUUGGUCGGUGCUUGUGGCGAGAAUCUCUAUGGCAUUGCUAACUUGGACAAUUUGAUAAGAGCGUUGGAAGCGUUCUGCCCCGGCAGCACCAAAGCCGUUUCUGUGCUCAAAUUGUCCAUAUUCGUUAUCCAUCAUCGCGAGUGGCACGAACUGGUCGAGCGAUUGCGCGUUAUAUUGUACAGCAGCAGGAGCUACGAGGCUCAGAAGACGCUAGUUAGUAAAUCCACAAUAGCGAAUCGUCUAAGUCUGCUGUUAGUUUCCUCCGGCUCGAUAACCAACACGGCCUUCAAUAUUCAGCCCUUGAUAAUGGGCCUUUAUCGCUGGGCUUACGGAAUACCGGGUCAAGUGGAUCUACCCUUCAAUAUAAUACUACCAGCAUUUGCGACGAUGCCAUCCUUCUUUCCUCUCACCUAUUUGUUGCUCACGGCUUCUGGGGCUUGCACCGUGUUCACCUUCAGCUUUGUUGAUGGAUUCUUUCUGUGCAGCUGCUUGUACAUCAGCGGAAUAUUUCGUGUGAUACAACUAGAUAUUCGUUCCAUUUUCUUUCCGUUAGAUGAGUUGGAGAUAUACACGCCUUCAGAAAACGACCAAAUACGGACUCAGCUCGUCGGGAUUGUCGAGCGUCAUAAUGCGAUUAUCGACUUGUGCACAGAUAUCACCAGGCAGUUUACCGUUAUCGUGCUGAUGCACUUCCUCUCCGCUGCUUUUGUCCUCUGCUCAACUAUUUUGGAUAUUAUGUUGAACACUUCCUCGUUAAGCGGCCUAACCUACAUAUUUUACAGCGUUGCAGCCCUGACUCAACUCUUCCUGUAUUGCUUCGGCAGCAAUCAUGUCAGCGAAAGUAGUUUGGCCGUGGCUGGAACGUUGUACGACAUUGAAUGGUAUAAAUGCGAUGUGGCGACUAGAAAAAUGAUUUUAAUGAUCUUGCGACGGUCGCAGAGGGCAAAAUCCAUUCAGGUGCCGUUCUUUACCCCUUCGUUGCCCGCGUUCAGCUCGAUACUUAGCACAACCGGCUCAUAUAUAGCUCUAUUGAAAACGUUUCUGUGAGCCGAUGGUCCUAUGAUGCCCAUUUUUCACAGAGAGUGGUUUUCUCCAAUGAAGGAUGAGCUAAAACUGGAAAUAUAUUCCAUAAUUAGAAUAAUAUAUUUUGUUUCCUCACAUACAUUCUAAUGCUACAUGCAUUGUUUUGUCAAUAUGAAGAAUCGAAAUUUUAAACGCCUUCUUUAGCUCUCAUAAUAGAAACUUCUCGCUUCAGCAAUGAUAAAUGAAUAUAUAUAAUGAAUAUAUUAAUAUAUAAGCAUUAAAGCACCUAAGCUUACACCUGCACAAACUGCAAAUAAAGCCGACCAUUAUGGAUAUUCAG